GAACAAGCGAAAGUGCUUUCUAUUGGUCAGAUGUUUUGUCAUGCCUUAAUAGAUCUUAAGGAUCGCAAAGGGUCUUCAUACCAAUCAAUCAUUAAAUACAUGGAGGCUAACUAUUUGUUCGACUAUCAGAAGAAGUCUUUCCUGAUGAAGCGGUUCUUAAAAGGAGCGGUGGAGUCCGGAGCUGUAACGCAGGUCAGAGGUAAAGGAGCUACCGGUUCCUUUAAACUACCCAAAGGAUCCAUGUUACUUGACGAGAAAAAGAAAACCGCAGCAAAGAAGAAGAUGUUGAAGAAAACGAAAAAAAAAACCGAUAAGGAUGUUGAUGAAGGUUCUAAAAUGGAUACAGAGGAAGUAAAACCAAAAGCAGCGCCCAAAAAGAAAACUACCAAUAAACCAUCCACUGCAGACAUAAAAUCUCCAUCGAAAGUUACGAAUACUGUAAACGAGGAAAAGACGGUAAAGCCUAAACUAAAAGCGACUCGUAAAGUUAAACCUAAGGCCGAAGCAAAGGAUGAGAAGAAACCUAAAGUUGAUAAGAUUAAAACUGUAGCUGCUAAAGACGUUGCAACCAAAACUACUUCCGAAGGAAACAAAGUGGAGAAGAAGAAACCUACAGUUGCUAAAGUUAAAAAAGUAGCUGCUAAAAACGUUGCAAUCACAACUACUCCCGAAGAAAUCCAACCGGAGAAGAUGAAACCUACAGUUAAUAAGGGUAAAAAAGUAGUUACUGAAGAUGUUGCAAUCAAAACUACUUCUGAAGAAAUCGAACCGGAGACGAAGAAACCUACAGUUGCUAAGGCUAAAAAAGUAGCUGCUAAAAACGUUGCAAACACAAAUACUCCCGAAGAAAUCCAACCGGAGAAGAUGAAACCUGCAGUUGAUAAGGGUAACAAAGUAGCUACUGAAGUUGUUGCAAUCAAAACUACUUCUGAAGAAAUCAAACCGGAGACGAAGAAACCUACAGUUACUAAGGGUAAACAAGUAGCUGCUAAAGACGUUGAAAUUACAGUAACAACGAAGGCGAAGCCCAAAAAGAAGAUUACAGUUAUUGAAAUCAAUACUUCAGAAGUGCUCAAGAAGAAAGCAGAGUCUCCGGAUAAACGAAAAGCAAAAUUUAAGAAAAUUAAUUAAAAUAAUAGUUUAGAUGAAUUGUUUGUUAUUUGUGAUAACUUGUUUCGAGAUUUUAUUUUCAUUGAUUAUAGUUUAGAUAUAUAUAAAUGUUAAUGUUUUGUGAUUUGAACGAAUAAGAUGAAUUUGUAUAUUUGCAAAUUAAAUUAAGAUUAAUUAGUAAAAACUGGUUGCAUCAAUAUGUAAGCAUUAAGUGUAUGGGUCAAAUACUUAGUUUUAUUAUUGUAUUGAGCUCUUUUUAUUUGGUAAAGGAAGGUAUAUUUUCUUGUCUGUUGUAAUUUAUAUAGACUUGUUAAUAUCCUUUUAGGUUUAUAGUAUUAAAAUAAAACCUAAUUUUUAACUUAAUUUAUG